GUGAAGUCGAAAAAUUCGCCACGUCUAAUGCAGUAACUUGCCGUGGCACGAAAUGCGGCAUUGACAUGCCUAUACUGGUACCUAGCAAGUCACUUCAAGACUUACAGACGACGAAUGGAAGGGAUAAUCUGGCGUGGUUCGGGAGAAACAAUUUGCCCCAUUUUGCGCAACUCAACAUCAAACUUUUCACUUCUAACAACGACGCACAAAUAGACGACAUCAUUAGUUUCUUCAAGGGUUUGCGCGACCAACAAACCCAGAUCCAGACGAGAGGUUUACAUAUUAUCGGUGUGAUACCUGCCGUCUACGACGCAGCGGAUACCAUCAAUGACGAAAUGAGAUCGCAGCUGCUACGGUAUGCUAGGGAACUAUCUCCAGAUGCGCUACUCGUCCGAACAUCUCAGAGAGAAGAAAUCGUAGGUGUUCCAAGCUGUCGGCUUAACGCACCAUCACUGUGGACACACCUAGCCAAUGUCAUCGGUCAGCCAUCGUUCGUCCAGUCGUUGGGGCUCAUCAAGACCGUCCAGCUUCCCUCCGACCUGCCAUUAUUGCUUUCCUUCACCUGCGCCCGCUACAUGAUCACCUACAGGGGUAUACCCAGGGGCUUGGCCAAUGACAAUAUGGAUCUAGUCAGCAAUCAGCAAUGCCAGAAAUGCCAAAUCACUACACUGAACCUUUGGUUUAACUGGGACUGCACGCGAAAAUUUGGACUUGAGAAGCGCAGCAUGACUAAUUAUGUUGCUAAAAAAUUUCUGUCCCGAACUGAAAUCUACAUGUUCGACACCAACGUCACAUACAGGAUGAAGAUAUGCAACGCCCAAAAGCUAUACAACUUUAGAGGUGGCUACGUCUUGUUCCUCGUCAACCAUCUGGACUCAGGAAACACAUGCAAGGACACCAACUUCACGCGGGGCUAUGCGGACAUACACUACAUCAGGGCAUAUAUGAACACUGCCUUUACCAAUUGCUAGAUGCAGCAAGCAGCUGCGUCCUGUUCGAAGAUUAUUCUUUAUUUUCUCAUACAAUUCUAAUUGGUAUCUUGGCUGUAUCGUGCGCAUUGAUGCAUGUUCAUUGUUUUACUUGGAUAGUGGCAUACCUAUGGAAAACAAACUUUUCACCUUUUCUUAGCUUCUAUUCUAGUAGAGUACUAACAUCAUAGGACCAUCCGUCAUGCAGAUAUAAAUACCUUGCAAAUAAAUAUAUAAAUAUAU